GAUUGUUAUAUUUGUGUGCUAUAUUUUAUACAAUUUAUUUUACAAAAAAACAUAUAUAAAAACUAAUAAGCAAGUAUUUUCAUAUGAUUGUAAUGCUAAUAUUGAAACCCCUGAAUACCCCAACACUUGGAUUGUGAUCAUGACGUCAAGAGAUCUGCCCCUCAAUGGUGUGAAACCCUUUGAAAUGUGUGGCAAACAAUGUGUGGCAUUCAGGGGUGGAUCGGGUGCUGUCCACGUGUUGUCCGCCUAUUGUCCACAUUUGGGCGCAAAUCUCGGUGUCGGCGGACAUGUGGUGACUGAGUCAGAGUCGGGCGACGACUGUAUUCAGUGUCCAUUCCAUGGCUGGAGGUUUGGCGGAGACGGACAGUGCAAACGCAUACCUAAUCUCAACGAGUCUGAGUUAAAUGCAGUGAAAGCUGUGGUAAAGAAAUGGCAGACAAUAGAGAAGAAUGAAGUGAUAUAUGUUUGGCACCACUCGGAGGAUAAGGACCCCAAUCACUACCCAAAGGAUUUUCUCGGAAAAAACUAUCACAAUCUAUCACUGAUAGGCAGUUAUCUCAGACUUCUGCAUUGUAACUAUCAGAUCAUACUGGAGAAUGGGUCUGACUUUCAGCACUUUAAUUACAGACACCAGGUGCUCAUACCAUACAUAACUAGUUUAAAAUUUUCAUUUGAUAGCACGUAUGAAACAGUGACGGAGAUUACAAUCACCGGUAGAAUGACCAUCUAUUUACUCGGCAUGGAGUUGGUCACUGUACCCAUUAAACUGUGUCACGUGUCACCAGUGACUGAGUUGCUAUACAUGGGCACAGAUGAAUCAAUGCUGGGCACUGUACUAUCGUUGGCUACACUAGAAGUACCUAAGGACUAA